UAACAGAGAGUCAAAAAGCUUCUCCCGCACUCCAUUUGGAUUCUCUCUAUAUAUCUAUCAUACCUGAAGAAAAAAAAGUAAAAACGGAAAGAAAAUGAGUUUUGAUUCUUCGCGAUCCUCCUCUGCCAAUUCAAGUCGAAAAUCAAAGAGAGGUUUGAAUAAUUCGAAUUCUUCAAACAAUAAAAAUAGCAAGCAAAAAACCCCCGGCAUGGGUUGGGGUGCCAACUCACUCUCCUCCUCUCGCUCCUCCUCUCGCAGCUCUCCUUUCUCCAAUUUCGGCAGUUAUAUGGUAGAGAAGAAUAGGAAGCUUCAACAUCAGUUUGAAGCAGAGGCUUCCACUUCUCACCAUUCUGGUUCGAGUUCCGGGAAGCUGAUUUUUCAAGGAGUCUCUAUUUUUAUUGAUGGUUUCACAAUUCCUUCGAACCAGGAACUGCGAGCUUACAUGUUGAAGUAUGGUGGGCGAUUUGCGAAUUACUUUUCUAGGCAUCAAGUUACGCAUAUAAUCUGUAGCAGUCUUCCCGAUAGUAAAAUCAAGAACCUGAGGUCAUUUAGUGGUGGGCUCCCAGUGGUCAAACCUACAUGGAUUUUGGAUUCUAUUGUUGCUAACAAACUUUUGAGUUGGAUUCCUUACCAGCUCAACCAGCUUGCUAGUAACCAACCAAAAUUAUCAGCCUUCUUUACCCUGAAAAGUAACCCAGUCCCAGAGAAUGUUUUGACUGAUGAAGUUUGUCAAGUGAACCUGGAUCCAAUUUUGAAGGGUGGCACCACAAAGGAUGCGUAUAUUUCCGAAGUGGAUGAACCUGUGAGAUUUGCCGAGCAAGCCGGCAAACUACUUGAUGAUCCUAAUCAUCAACUCAAGGAGCUAAAUAGCAGUAGUGGAAAAUCUGCAGAAGUAAAGAUGGCAGAAUUUGGUAGUAGUGAUGCAGAAUAUGGAAACAGUGUAAACAGCAAGCAUCAAUCUGGUCCAGAUCAAUUUUCUUCGUCAGUUAGUGGCUAUUGCUUACACAAUCAAAGUUCGGAUGGAUCACUGAGUUCAGAACCUAGUGGGCCUUCAAAUCAACGUCAUUCAACUCUUGGGGAUCCCAAUUUUGUGGAGAAUUACUUUAAGAGUUCAAGGCUGCACUUCAUAGGAACCUGGAGAAGUCGGUACCGUAAGCGUUUUCCUAGCUCAUCAAGUGAGUUUAAGCGCAGAAGCUCAGAUCUCAACACCUCUGAUAAUUCUAACAAGUCAACUAUUAUCCAUGUUGACAUGGACUGUUUUUUUGUUUCUGUAGUCAUCCGGAAUCAUCCAGAGUUACAUGAUAAGCCUGUAGCAGUAUGCCAUUCUGACAACCCAAAAGGAACAGCUGAAAUUUCAUCAGCAAACUACCCUGCCCGAAACUAUGGAGUUAAGGCUGGGAUUUUUGUUAGAGAUGCCAAAGCCCUUUGUCCGCAACUUGUCAUUUUCCCUUACAAUUUCAAAGCUUAUGAAGAAGUAGCUGAUCAGCUUUACAACAUCUUGCAUAAGCACUGCCACAAAGUGCAGGCCAUAAGCUGUGAUGAAGCAUUUUUAGACAUCACGGAAAAAGAUAUGGGAGAUCCUGAGCUUUUAGCUUCAACAAUAAGGAAAGAGAUUUUUGACACUACAGGAUGCACUGCAAGUGCUGGGAUAGCUGGGAAUAUGCUCAUGGCUCGACUUGCCACUAGAAGUGCUAAACCCAAUGGUCAAUGCCAUAUCCCUUCUGUAAGUGUGGAUGAGUAUCUACACAAACUUCCAAUUAAGGCACUUCCAGGAAUAGGGCAUGUUUUGGAGGAGAAGUUGAAGAAGCAAAAUGUUUGGACUUGUGGACAGUUACGUCUGAUAUCCAAGGAAUCUCUUCAAAAGGAUUUUGGACUGAAAACUGGAGAAAUGUUGUGGAACUAUAGUAGAGGAGUUGAUAAUAGACUGGUUGGUAACAUUCAGGAAAGCAAGACUAUAGGUGCUGAAGUCAACUGGGGUGUCAGGUUCAAGGAUUUGCAAGACAGUCAAUGUUUCCUAUUAAAUCUUUGCAAGGAGGUUUCGUUCCGUUUGCAAGGAUGUAGAUUGCAAGGGCGCACAUUUACCCUUAAGAUAAAGAAGACAAGAAAAGAUGCCGAUGAACCUGCUAAAUAUAUGGGCUGCGGGGACUGUGAGAAUCUGAGCCACUCCAUGACAGUUCCAAAUGCUACUGAUGAUGUUGAAGUUCUUCAAAGGAUAACAAAGCAGCUCUUUGGGUCUUUCUGCUUGGAUGUCAAGGACAUUCGGGGUGUUGGCUUGCAAGUUUCCAAGCUUGAAAAUGCAGACCCUUCUAAACAAGUGCUUGAAAGAAACUCUUUGAGGUCAUGGCUCACCUCUUCCUCAGCAACUACUGAAAAAGGGUGUAGCGUCAACAGUAUGGACAAAGAGAGGGCUAGGAUAGAUUCUGAGGUGAAGAACAUGAUUGGAACUUCAGGUCAAUUAUUUCCUGACCACACUGGGUUUUCUGCUCAAGUGGACAACGAUUCAUCAAGUGGUAUUUCAGCUCCACCACCUUUAUCUCAUCUUGAUAUGGGAGUUGUCAAGAGUCUUCCAGCUGAACUUUUUUCUGAGUUAAAUGAAAUUUAUGGAGGGAAGUUAACAGAUUUCAUUGCUAAAAGCAGUGUUGCAAGUGAAAACACCAACAGUUAUCCUAGCACCCCUUCAGCUGAAGGGCAAGAGCUUGCAGUUGAUGGUGGCGAGGGACCUCUUGCAUCUGAUAUGAUUCCCCUUGACUUCAUAAUGGUGGAAAAUAGGGCAAAACAGCAUAUGAUUGAGGAAGCACAAGCAGCGCCUUCUGGGGCUGUAUUGCAGAAUGAGGCCAUUUGCUCUGUAAGCCCUAACAACACUGAUUUGAUGCCUUUAUCUCUAAGUCAAGUGGAUGUAUCAGUGUUACAACAAUUGCCAGAAGAAUUGAGAGGUGACAUACUUGGACAGCUUCCUGCGCACAGAAAACAAGAGUUGACUUCAAAUGCUGGAUCACACCCUCUUUCAGAAAAUCCUGAGGGAGCUUUGAUUAUUAAAAUCACUGAGAAUCAAUCAAAUUCCAUUGCCUCUGUUUUGAAUACUAAUCUUUGGAUUGGGAGCCCCCCAUGGUGGGUUGAUAAGUUCACAGUCAGCAGCAGCUUGAUAUUAAAGACUUUGGCAGAGUUGUAUUACAAACUGGGAUCAACUGGAAGUCUAUCUCCUAUACUGCAACGCAUAAUUUCUGAAUGUCUAUAUCCUUUGGAUGAAAAUAGUGAUGCUUGUGAUGAGGAAGCUACAUAUGAUUUGUGUGAGCUUUUCAAGCAAUAUGUUAAACUAAAGAUGGAGCUAGACCUCGAAGAAAUUUAUGUUUGUUUCUGUCUUCUUAGAAGGUUGACGACCAAGUCGAAAUUCCUCCUACAAGUAUACAAUAUUGUCUUUCCUUACCUUCAGGCAUCUGUUGGAGAAAAUUAUGGAGGAGGUUUGCAUAUUUAACUGAUUUAUUACAGCCUUUCUGAAAGGACUUCAUAAUUCCACCCAUUUCCUACAAGAAGCAAUUCAUGGGGAAGAGUUAUCAACCAUUUACUUUGCUAUCCCAAUUUGGGGUCUCACAGUGUUAACCAACCCUAAUGGUUCCCAGAGAUGAUUGAACUUCUGAUCUGCACUCAUCUUUGAAUGGAUUUGCACGUGUUCUCUUGGCUUGAGACUCAUUACCAAUCUUGCAGGUGAUUCGCCGAGUGAAACUAUGUGGUUUUGGAAUGCUUUAGGCAUUUAAGCCUUCUAAGAUUGGUAUUAUUGCUCCAGGCCUGAGUAUUCAUAACUUAUUGGGCACGCCUGAUGUUGAUAUGGAGGAUCAUUUCUGUAAUCAACCUGAAGAACCUGGGCUGUGUUUAUGAAAGGUUGACCCGGAACUUUGCAGAAACUAUCCAAACUGAGUGGAAUGGGUCAGAACAGGGCUUGCACAUCCCAGUGUUCAUUGUGCUACAAUUGGAUCAUUGGUGCCGGCACUUGGUGCAUUUCAUUUUCAUAACCACCCUUGUGCAGUUUCUGCUGGCCCAUGAGCAUUGUCUUGGAAACACCUCAGUUUAAAGGUAGCCUUUUUCUUCCUGGUGUGAAUCCUCACAGAUUUCCUCGAUUUAUAGAAAAUCCAGAUUAUAAUAUACUAAAUGGUUCCUUCCGAAUUGCUAAGCACAGUGGGGUCUUAAAUUUCAGAAAUAGUUUUAGCGAUUGAAGGAACAGAUCAAUAGACAUGUGCAUCAUCACAGUGUAUCAGUUCAAUCCAUUGAAGUGCAAAGGAUGUUACAAAGUCGCCCAUUGGAGUUAGAUGGGUUUAAUGCAGCACCGAUAAUGAAUCGUCUUCUUGAUGGUAUGGUGCUACAGUUAAAAAAUCUGCAUUGUUGGUGGUUGGUGACUAUUUAUGCUGCAUGGAAGCUACCGGCAUUCAAGUUCUUCUUCAUGUUCCUUCAACCUGAAUGAAAAUCUAACCGAAUCCGUCAUUACCCCUGCGGCAUGGAGAUGGUAACAACGUUUUCACUAGCAUCUUAGUUAACCAUGAGCAUUAAUAUUCAGUCCUUGUUUGUUUGUAUUAAAAUGGUUUUCGAAAAAACACUUUAGACGCUUUCCGACCGUUCGGUGGACGGUUACUUAGAAAGUAAGUCAAUAGAAUGUGUUGUCCAGUAAAACGAGAACACAAGGGUUUUAGAGGGUUGUGUGUUUUUCCUGUUUUAAACUUGGGAAAACACUUUCCCAUUUUGCUCGGUACAUAUUACUACUAUUUAAACUAUUUUGAAGUUUAUUGUUCA